GAACCAACCACCGUCUUUCACACUUUCGAUUCGCACUCAGCCAACAAACUCCUAUAACGCCAAUGCCUUCCUCCAACAUUCAGAAAGGCCAGCUCCAGGCCAUUCUCGAGAGCAAGGGAAUCCGCUUCUACGUCAAGACCGGCGGUGCCAAGUACGAGUGCCAUCUCCAGGACCGUUCUUCCUACGAACGCAUCAAGGCCUCCAGAACAAACUCGUCCGACUCGCAGAGCAGCUCUUCAUCCUCUUCCGCCGUCAACAGCACUCACUAACCAUCUUUC